UGGUGCGCUGAGGUCUUACGUGAUAUCGAGGUUGCUGCCAGGAAGGUACCACGUGUCUUUGUGUUUAGAUAUCAGAGUGUCUGUCGUUGUCAUAGCAACGGAAUCGACAUGUCUGCCGAUAAGAAUUCCAUUACACCAGGGAAGAAAAACUACGCGUUCAUCUCCAUGAAGGUACAUCGUAUUAAACAGAUGUUGAAGCCAGUGAUGAAACUACUUCAUAAGAAAUGUCAUCGGUUCGAGAACCGCGAGCAGCAGUUUCCUGUUCCAGAGGCUACCACAGUGAAACCGACUGGGUCCGAUGUGUCUGAAGUCGACCAGAAUACAGCAAACGAAGCCCUGGAGUCGCGGCUUCGUGACGACCUUAACCAGAAGCGCGAAGAAUCUUGUCGUGCCAUCAGAGUGUGGAGGGAGGGGCGGAUGACCUUGAUACCGGUAACACGGGGUCACGAGCACAUUCCAAUCCCAGUUCACUUCGUCUGUACCCCGUCCGGAGAAUUUGCUUGGGUACCCCUACCCGACAGUGACAUCUGUUGGCCUGGGGAUGUACAAACUACAGGUCAAACAGCCGAAGAACAGGUUCCGUUGGGCAACAGAGCUGAACUCUGAAUAGUUUCAAUGAACUCAUAUUUUGUUCAGUAAAAAGUGUAUUUAAAAACAAAACUUAAUAGUACCUGACAGGAUUCCUGAGACAUGUAAACAAGUGUGAUGAUUUAAUGUCGAAAUGAAUUAUAUAAAUGUGAAUCGUAAUUAUUCAGAAUGUGAUAUUAUGUUUAAUGCCUGAUUUUGCUCAAUUUCAUAAACAAAUUUGUAGGUCUAUAAUUUUGAAAUUUUUUAGGACAAAUAGUGUUUGGUUUUCAAUUUAUAGAAAAUAACAUGUAAUUUUAUAGCAGUCUGAGAUCUGAAUUUCUUUCGGUGGUGACUGUGAGGGAUACUGUCUUCCUUGCAACGCCGUGUGGUUUGGUACAUAGGUACCUGUUCUGGAGGAAUUUUGUACCUGCUUACCAGACUGCACGGUCAUCACAUCCGAGAAGGCAAUAUUCAUGGCAGUAAUCUGAUUUUUAACUAGGAUUUAUAAGCAUAUAAGUGACUGAUUCUUUAAAAUGUAUACUUAAAUUUAAUUGUGAUAUCUAUAGAGUGUACUUCUUACCUGUGAUGGUUUAAGCUUUAAGUCUAUGUGCACUUAUCUCUUUCUGACGUGUGGAAUGUUAGCAUUCACAUUUCAUUAACAAAGUAGAUUAAAAUAAAACAAAUAUAUCGAUAAAAUUUUUGUCAUACAAAAUAAUUACCCUAGUUAGUUAUAAUCCAGAAUGUGCUUUUUAG